CCAUUUCUGUAGUUGACACCGUCGUUUCAGUAUAAACAACAAAGUAAAUAAAAGUUGAACAUCAUUCUGAAAUGCGUUUCUUCGUCUCAGUAAAAUAAUUUGAUGUAAAAAGUUGUAAAAGUUCUUAAAAUGACUGUUAUCAAUGAUUGUGAUGGUGCAAGCGAUGCCUGUAAAAAUGCUAACUCUGACGAUAUUUUGGAUGAAAAGAUAUUGGUGAGAAUUCAUGGCAGCAUGAUGAUUGUAGCGUGGAUCGGAUUUGCAUCAGUUGGAAUCAUCAUAUCACGAUACUUCAAAACAACAUGGGUUAAACACAAAGUAUUUGGAAGCGACCUUUGGUUUUUUUUGCAUCGUAUGCUAAUGAUAAUAACUUGGUGCCUAACGAUAAUUAGUUUCGCUGUGAUAUUCAUAGACUUAGACGGCUGGGCAAACCCUUAUCCGCAUGAAAUAUUUGGAAUUAUCGCAACUGUAAUCUGUUUCCUUCAACCGAUUAUAGCAAUGUUUCGACCGAAUGUCAGCUCACCCAAGCGAAAAUACUUCAACUUAACGCACAUAUUCUGUGGAUUUCUCGCUUACGGAUUGGCAAUUAUUGCCAUGUUUUUUGCUGUACCAUUACAUGAUUCCGGACUUCCCUCCUGGAUUAAUUGGGUGAUGACAGCCUUUUUGGUGUUCCAUCUACUAUCACACGUUUUUUUCACGAUGUUAAACUACAAAUCGGAUGCAAUUAUGCUAGCUAGUGGUGCCGAACAUAGCUCAUUACACGAUGAUCCGAUGUCUACGCAUCGAAAAAUCGGUCUCUAUGCGUACAUUAUCAUAAACGUACUGUUUAUUGUUACAUUAGUCACUGUUGUUGGAAUGGGAAUGGAAUUCGGAAAUGGAAAUUCAAGCGGUGAGAAUGACUAGACUUCCUUCGAUUUGAAAAAAGAAAAACUGUGCUCCUGUGUUAACAAAUUAUUUUAUUUACACAUUUCUACAUUACAUUAUGCAAUAAAUAGACUAAG